AUGGAGGCGCUCGUGCUAGGAGGCAACACGUUCCGUAACUUCCCGAGCGCUCGCUACGCCACGGAUAUUGCUUUCCAGCAGAGCAACAUGCCGAUCGGCCAAAUGAAAGAACGGGCUGAUAAGGGGUACCAAGGACUUGCCGCUGACUUUCGCGCCAUCACGACUUUCAAGAAGCAGCCGCUGCGGGAGUUGACCCUGGAGCAAGUGGAGAUUAAUGACCGCAUUGCCCACGACCGCGUCCUCGUGGAGAACUAUUGCGGUCGGCUCUGCACGCUAUGGGCAAUGUGCUCAGACAAAUACCG